UGGCAGCAUCGUGGGAGUGUCCAUGUACAUGGCAUUGGCAAACGCAGUGAAGCUCCAGAUAUCGAGUGGGAGAAAAUAAGUAAUAAUACGGAAAAAAUGAAAGAAGUAGUGCGAUAUCUAAAUUCUUCCUCUUAUUGCUUGCGAACUAAUAAGCAGACUGGUGAACAAUUCUGUAGGUUCAGAUUUCCCAAAGAGUUAAGAGAUGAAACUGUAUUGCAUAAUGAAAAUGGUCACAUGGAAUUAAUCACGGCAAGAAAUGAUCCUCUAAUUAAUUCAUAUAACCAUCUUCAGCUACAAGGAUGGUGA